AUGCAACAAGAAAGUCCAGAACAUCAAUUACGAACAGUAGCCAAUAUACUCUAUUACAUCAGAGAAGGCUAUUAUGGUACAGCCAGUAAUUAUUGUAAUGUUAAAGGCCAGCCAAGAUCUGAUCUGGAGCAUGAAAUGACAGUUCUAAAAGGUGUCGCUUACAUACUGAACGGGAAGGUAGCAGAAGCAUUGAGAGUUCUAGAAUCGGUUAAAGAAGGUUCUUGUGGGCUAGCAGCAAGACAUGCACUCAUAGCUGCUCAUCAGUUAGCUGUUAAUCCAGAUAAACAAUCCAUAAUCGAACUUGAAAAUGAUAUAAGAGAAGUAUCGAAGAAAGCUCCCGAUAACGGUGUCCUAUGUGCUGGAGAGGUCUUGUACCUACUGUCACAAUCACAAAAAGCAAAAACUGUAAUGGAAAAGCUCAUUGAGUUUGAAAAUAACUAUCCCGAAAGUCGCAAAAAUCCUAAGCUCUUAUCCCUUCUAGCUUGGAUAGAUCUUGCAUUAAAUAAGGAACAACGUUCUACUAAACAACAAUUUGAACUUGCAGCACACUUGGGCUUUCCCGAUGGCUUAGUUGGUUUAUCUCGGCUUUGCGAAGUUCAUAAAUCGUCAGCUGAGAUGAAAGCUGUGACAAAAGAGAUGAUUGGCAGCUUUACUACUUUCUUACCAGGUCACAUAGAGCGAGCUAAAGCGGGAUUGAUAGAGCAUGAUUGGGAAGCCUUGAUUACUGCUUUACAGAAUAGUACCAUGGCCCUUGAUGGAGAAAACGCUUAUAUCUCAUAUUUGAAUAUGCUAUACGCAGUUUGCUCUUCGGAAUCAAAGAUAGAUGCUGCGCUUCAGGAACUUCGGACUGCUCUAGAUACUACAGAGAAGGAUAAUCACAAGCUAUAUCAUCGCAUAUCUUCUACUCUUAUAAGGUGUUGCGUUAGAAACAAGCCUGUACUGGUAUUCUCCAAGCAGCUCUUGUCCAAAGCUAUUCAAUUGCAUGGAUCCGAGAGCUAUAUGGUUGAGGAGCUACGCUUAGCUAUUGCUAUGGAAGAUGUCAAAGAAGUUGCAAACAUCGCUAAGGAUUUGAUACGUUCUGGAAAUACGGAUCCAUUCGCUUUGUUAGGAAUGGCUAUCAGCUUUCUGAUGAGCGGCAAGGUAGCAGAAGCCGCUGAGCAGGUGGAGUUUGCUCAACAAUCAUAUCCUAACUUGAUAGCUAGUCCCGUUUUACAUUUUGUUAAUGGCGUUAUCGCGAAAGAGAAGCUGAAAAAUGUUGAGAUGUUUCGGAAGAAUAUCUCUGAUGCUAUGACAGUUCAUAAAACCUCUCUUCAGCAUGUACUGUAUGGGAUCGACUAUAUACACGAUUUUGAUGCCGAUCUUCUCUUCAUGAUUGCCUUGCAGCUCCUAGACUAUGCUCCUAUAGUGCCCACCAAAAACCCAGACGAUAUCCUCAAAUUGUUAGAGACGGUGUUACAACAGAUCGUCGAUUGUUUUCCAGGGCUUAGUCAUGUCGUGUAUACCUUGGCUCGAGUAAUGUAUCUCAAGUCCGAAACUGAAAACGCAGAACAAAUUUUGAAAAUGUGUUUGAAGCGUAAUGAAACAGUAGCAGAAACAUAUCUUCUGCGGGCACAGAUGCUGAUCGACAAGGGUCAAAUAGCCGAAGCCGAUGCAUGCCUCACCACGGGAUUGAACUUCAACUUUGCUGUCCGAGAAAGUUCUUUGUAUCAUUUGAUCAAGGCCAAAGUAUUCCAGGUAAAAAUUUAA